CCAACUGCCUAAAAGCUGUGUAGCUUCAAUUUGCUAAUUAAUCGAGUGCGUCCGCACUUAAGUAUGCUCCACAGUUAAGCGCACGCACACUCUUGCACAAACGUGUCGUGUCGUGUAGCAACAUGUCUUUGCCAAUCGCACUUUUUCCAUGCUAUCAGCAAGAGAGAGAGAGAGAGAGAAAGAGCAAAAGAGAGCACACACAAUUUAUAAAUUUUUAUUAUUUUGACUCCCCCCUCACCAUUGUCCUCGCCCAAUCGCUCUUUUGCCCUUCGAAAUGUCAAAAUAUUGCAGACAAAAGUCUGCUCCGCACAACAUUGCCAGUCCGAAAUACGAAUUUCCCUCGUUAGUCACAUGUUUUCCCUGACAGCUUGUCAGGGGUGAGAAGGCGCGAUAGUAUUGGAUUGGGUUCAUGGAUUAAAAUAUCUGAAGUUAUCAGCAAAUGGUACUAGAAAACAGUUGAUAUUUGCAUCCCCACAUUAACUGUAGAUACUUUAUUUAGUUCUUACACCCAAUUGACAUUGCCAGGCUUGAUUUGAAAGCCAAUUCAAAUUGACCGCCACUUGUCGCGUUCCCCACAUGCGCCACUCUCUCUCUCAUUCUCUCUAUUUACUCUCUUGGUAGUUAACAUGUGUAACUUCUGUUAACUUUGCUGGCUUAACACUUUACUCCUGACCAUCAUAUUCUAAACACGAAAUUGGUCAGGAAAUGGGUUAAUUGCAAUAAACCUUUGUAUUUACUAUAAGCUUUACAAUUUUCCAUGGAGACUUAAUUGUAGUCAUUACAAUUCCUCGAACACCUGUUUUCGUACAGCCUUUCCUUAUAUCAUAGGAUAUAAAUAAUCAAAUUAAUUAAAUUUUAAUUAUUAUUAAAACAACGAACACGAGUCAAAACAGCUGUGCUUUUGAAAUCCAACCUUAACUAGUUAAGCAAAACAAAACUCGAAAAUUAAGAUGUUAAAUAGUAUGAAAGCAAUCUUCUUCAGUGAAGGGUUAACCCUAACAUGGCGCCAACAUAGCCACUGGCUAACAGCGCGUAACGGGACCGCCUCUCUCUCCGUAAAUUUCUCUCGCUCUCUCUCAUUCGCCCCGCUCAGUUGCUCGGCGCUCAGCGGACGUGUGCUCGUCCUCUUUAGCUUGGCUUAGUUUUAGUCCUUCUUCGAACGCGCUGCCGACGAGUCACGAGUUCGCAAGACAAAACAAACAAAUAGGAAGCAAAGCAAGCCAAGACAAUAAGUGAACUGAGAACUAAGAACUGAGAACCAAGAACCGAGAACUGCGAACCGCUGAAAAACGUUGCACCCACCACCGCCUCACGCUCACCGCCUCACCGCUCGCCCGCUAGUUUAAAGCUAAUGCCACCGCCCACCACCACUAGAACUACUACUUCCACCACAACCACUAGUACCACCACAACCACCAAGAACCAAGAACCAAGAACCAUGAACCACAACCACCAACUAUCAGCCUCGACCUGAACCACUUCGCAACAAAUACCAAAACAGUAAUCUAAAAAAAAAAGAAAGAAAGAAAGGCAGAGCCCAGAUUCCAGUUACCAGUUACCAGAUUCCGAGUCCACUUGUCCAAAAUGUCGUCAAUUGAAAAAUUUCCCCAGUUCGUUUGAUGCGUUCGUUCCUUCGUUCGUUCGUUCGUUGUGUUUGCCAAGUUCAAUUUUGUUGUACUCGAAUUCCCAACUGGCCAAGAAACCAGAUUGCCGGAACUCGGAAUUGGCAAGAAACAAAACAACAGCCAAGCAGACAAGCAAACAAGCAAACAAACAGCAAUAUAAAUCGAAACCUUAACCCAAUCUAAAUAUAUAUAUUCAUCCAAACCUAAAGUGUGUCUAAUCACAAAUUCUUAAUGUAAAAUUCUCUUUAAACUAAAUAAUUCAAACACAAAUCACACAAACCGAAAACCAAAAUCUAAACCAAACAAUCGAAUCGAAUUGAAUCGACUCGAAAUCGAAAUCGCAGACCCAGGCAAAACUCGCAUUGACCACCAAGCAUAUGAGCUUGUGGCUAAAGGUGUCUCCGGCAUCGACUUGUUUCAUGUUGUAACUCGAGGACUUUCGUUUAUUGGCAACAAUAAUGGUCAGCACAACAUUGACAACACUGGCUGCUGGACAAACAACUAGUAGCAGUAAUCACCAUCACCACCACCAUCACCAGCAGGAUCAGUUGCAGCAGCAGCAACAUCAGCAGUUGCAGCAGCAGCAGCACCAGCAGUUGCCCUACCAGCGACUGCAGCCACACGCAGCAGCAGCAGCGGCAGCUGUCGGCCAGCAACGCGGCUUCUACGCACUCAACGGCAGCUUGGAGCUGGACUGCGACAGCAGCAACAGCAACAGCUACCAGCAACAUCAGCAGCAGCAGCAACAGCAGCAGCAACCGCCGUUGAUCCUGUCGCAGGCUCUGCUGUCGCCAUCGCCGCCGCUCAACGAUCAGAUCAACUUGCUUUUCCCCAAGUGCCGACCCAAACAGCAGCCGCAACAGCAGCAGCAGCAGCCGCAGCAACAUCAGACAGCACAGCAGCAACAUGCUCACCUGGCGGACGUGAAUACCAACAGCAACAGCAGCAGCAAUCGGAGCAGCAGCCCAACAACAGCCGGUGAACGGGAGCCGCUGGAAAUUGUUGGUGCCAGUAGUAGUCCACCGCCGGCCAAGGCCACGCCCACCAGUACGCCCAGCUACUACAAGAGCGUGAACAUCAUAACGCAAUCGCCGCCGCCUCACUCGGCCUCGUCUCACUCCUCCGAAUCGCUUUCCUCGGUGACGCCGCGCAUCUCCACGAAUCCCUUCCUCUGCGCACCGCUCACGCCGCCCACACCGCCGCACCACCAGCAGCAGCAGCAGCAGCAGCAACAACAGGAAACGGAGGCCACCGGCGAGUCAGCUGUGGAGCGGAGCAGGAGCGGAGGAGCGGCCGGCGAGGAGCCCGACUAUCCCGCCUCCUUCUACUACCACACGGUGGGCGAGAGUAGGCGUGGUCCCGGCGGCUACGCGGAAAUGCCGAGAAAACGCAGCGCUGCUUUGCCAGCCAGCAACAGGCAGCAGCAGCAGCAGCAGCAACAGCAGCAACAACAGUUGCUCAACGGCAAUGGGAGUCAGAAUCCUUUCAUCAAGGAGAACUACUGGGAGGCGCCGCCCACAAGAGCCAGUUUGCUGCUCCAUUCGCCCACGGAGUACUCCGAGGAGCAGCAACAGCAGCAGCAACAGCAGCAACAUAUACAUGCUUCGGCCAGACGAGCUUACCACCAGCAGCGGGAACAGGUGUACGGAAUCAGUCAGCGGGCACAACAGCAACAGCAGCAGCAACAGCCGCACAUUUUGCGGGUGGGAAGAAGUCCGGUGAAUCGCAGCUUCUCCCAGCAGCAACAGCAACAGAUUGCUGCUGCCAGGAGCAAUCCCUGCGCCGAUGGACUGACUCCGCUGGCCAGUCACUAUCUGUAUGGCAGCAAGUCAUCACUGGAUCAGCAGCCAGGCGACUGGGAGCCGCGGGAGCAGCGCAAACUGAGGCUGCGCGAGGAGCGGGAAAGGGAAAGGGAGAGGGAGAGAGAGCGAGAAAGGGAGAGGGAGCACCUGUUGCUGGAGCAACAGCAGCAGCUGCAACUACAGGAGGUUCAGGCGGCCAGGGAGAACCACCUCAGCCAUUUGGUGGGUCAGCAGCAGCAGCAGCAGCGCAAGCGACAUGUUUACGGCGAGGAACGGGAUCGAGAGAGGGAAAGAGAAAGGGAAAGGGAUCGAGAACGGGACUUGGAGCGGGACCAUCGCCUGGUCAAUGGAAACGCAGAUCCCAACGAGAGCUGGCAGCAUCUGCGCGUAACGACCGAAACUUUGGCGGAGGUGGGCAAGCUGGCGGAUAAGGUCCACCCCAAUCUGAAUCUGAAUCUGAAUCCGAACCCGAAUCCGAACCAAGGUCAGAACACGGAGGUCAAUGUCUACAGGGAGCACAAGCUGGACGCCUGGAAGCUCGAGCGCAACUACACGCUGGCCGUGGAGUCGCGCCACGGCAUCAUUGAGUACGAAGGCUCGCCCAGACGCAUUGGAGUGACCACCAGUAAUUUGGGGCCAGUGACGGCGGCAUCAGGGGCAUCAGCGAUAGCAGGAGCAGCGACACCAGCGGACGAAAGCGAACCACCAGCAGCGGUAGAAGUAGCAACAACACCACCACAACAACAACAACAGCAGCAGCAGCAACAGGUGCCCAUGGCCGCCGUUCCGCCGCUGAGCUCCACGGCCACCUCGCUGCAGAAGACGGCGGCCCGGGCAGCACUGGCCGCCCUGGCCCAGAGCCACCCCCACAACUCCCACAACAUCCUCAGCUCCCUGCUCCCGAACUCAUCCAACCCGAACCCACUGAACCCCAGCCAGAUGCAGAUCCACUCGCCGCAGCAGCCCAUGCAGAACUAUCCCGUUCGUCCGGGCUUUCCACAGCGCAUCAUCUCGCCACCCAAUCGUGAGCCCCGCAGCAACUCGCCUCCUCUGCAACAGCAGCAGCAACAUCAGCAGCAGCAGCAACAUCAGCAGCAACAACACUUUGCCAGUCUGAUGAGCAACCACAGCAACAACUCGAACACCAACAAGCAGCCGCUGAGCAGCGACAACAACGCCGAGGACACCAGCAACGAUGUGUCCGAGAUUGGCACCAUAUCCGACCUGACCGCUCCGGAGGCAGUGGGUCUGGGCCUGGCCAUUGGAUCCGCCGCCGGCGAGGUGGCCAGCCGGGCGGCCACGCCCCCUCUUUUGGCACUCGGGCCACCGACAGCAGUCGCGGGCAGCUCUGCCAACGGAACUGCAACGGGAAACGGAAGCGGAAAUGGAAACGGAAACGGAACCGUAAGCGGAAAUGCAACAGCAGCGGCCACCGGACUGGGUCCACUGAGCCUGCACACAAAAUCGUCGACCUUCGAUUACCUCUACGAGUUCUCGGAGACGCGCAAGGUGCUGGAGGAGUUCUUCAAGUGCCCCUCCACCGACGAGCAGCCCAUAAUGGAAAACGGCAGCGAUGUGGACAGCAUUGACAUCCAGUACGAGUUCCACAGCAACUUUGAGCGCGACGACGAGGAUUUGGCCGAGGAGGAGGAGGCCGAGGACGACGAGGAGGGCGACGACGAUGCCGACGAGGAGAACGACGAGGCCGAGGAUGAGGACGAGCCGUUGGGUCAGGAUCGCGACCAGAACUACCGCCAGCAGGCGCCUCCCACCGCCGGCCACGCCUCCGAGCGACUCGUCUACGGCGGCUACGGUGGCCAGCAGUCGCAGCCCCAGCUGAUUUCCCAGCCCCUGGGCGUUGGCAUGGGCGUGGGUGUGGGCGUGGCACGGCGACACUACAGCGGCAGUCCGCUGAUGCGGGACUUCGACUUCUUCCUGGACUCCACCAGUCGGAGCAGCGGCGAGCGGGACGGCGACCAGGACGGGCUCAAUCACAACCAGCUGCUGAGCACGGGCAGCGGCCCAGGGGGCGUGGGAGUGGGCGUGGGCCCGGGCGGUGGCCACAACUACCGCUACUCACCGGAGACCACCGACUACGACUCCAAUUGCGGCGAUCUGGACAGUCUCUCGGGUGAGAUGAACGGCGGCGUGUCGACCUCCUGCUCGAACUACGCCAAGUACUACGCCUCGGCCAUGCCAGUGCUGGAGGAUGGGCUCUCCUCGGGUCACACCAGCGACACGGAGAACAACAACAACAACCAGAAGAACAACCUGCAGCAGGCGGCGGCCCAAGGGCAACAGGGUCAUCAGGGUCAACAGGGUCAACCGCAGUGCCCCACCAGCCUGAGCGGAAGCACCAGCAUCGGCGGCGGCAUCUCCAUGCUGAUGGACAUGAAGCGCGUCUCGACGAACAACAGUUUGAACAGCAUGCACAACCUGACCACCACCGCCUCCACCACGGACAGCAACGGGGGCGUGGCCGGUCACCACCUGGUGGCCACGCCCAGUCCCAGCAAUGGGCAAUCGAAGGGGCAGCCGCAGAGCAACCAGCCGAAGACACUGUCACUGGACCAGAGUCCCAGCAACAACCACAGCAAAGUGUUCAAGAACAUUGAUCCGGAAUUGGAUUCGCUCUACUCGAUUGGAGUCUUCCACCGUCCGGACACGGUGCAGAUGACCCCACCGCCUCCUGCUCCGGCGCCGCAUCGCAAGCCCAACAACAAUGGCAACGGCAAUGCCAAUUCCAAUGCCAUGGUCAACAGUAAUGGCACCGGCAACAACGAUGUGGAUCUGCUGCAGCCGAGCAGCAAGCACACUCACACUCCGCUGGCGGCGGCCAUCAGUUCCACGCUGCAGCGCAGUUCACCCACCUUGGCGGCCAGCGGAAACGGAAAUGGAAUGGGAAUCGGAAUCGGAAGUGGCAAGCCCCGAAGCGCCGGCAGCAAUUGCAGCAGCAUUGGCGUGCCGCCGCCCAUUCCGGAGAGGAGCAACCUCCCCAACGUCGCCGCCACGCAGAGAUCACCGUCGCCGGGCCUCAACUCACCCGUCUGGCUGUCCCGCAAGGAGGGGCUGCUGGAGUCCGGCUCCGAUAACAACCACUCGAAGAACCACAGCGCCGACGAGGAGGACGUGGACACCGAUCUGGAGACGGACCGCCUGCUGGGCCACCAGCGGCUGGACGACCAGGGCUACUACGACGAGAACAAGAGCUGGGACCGCAAGCCGCGCUCGCUGCUCUCGAAGAUCUCGCCCAAGCAGCAGAUGCCGAGCACCAAGACGCGCAACGGCUACAAUGCGCUGCUCAGCUCCACGCCGGAGCUGCCGCCCCCGAUUCCACCUAAGGGAGGCAUGGGCAACAUGGGCAACGGGGGCAAGCUGCUGGACUUGGUCGGCGGCAUGGUGCAGCGCAGCAUAUCGCGCAGCUCCUCGGAGCACUCGGACAAGUGCUCGCCCAGCAAAUUGGGGAUGCCCCUUUCCAUUUCCGGCGGGGAUGUGGAUGUGGUGGCCUCGGCGGUGGCGGCGGCGGCGGUGGCGGCAGCCUCUGCCACAUCGACGGCGGCUGAAGCGGCGCUGGGAAGUCCGGGGAAUGGAGGAGGCUCGGAGAGAUCGACGGCGGGCGGCGGCGGCGGCGGACUGACCAAUCCGGGAGGAGCGGUCAAGUUGGUGGAGCCGGAGAACGCAGCCCUCAACGGGGGAAUGACUUCUGGAGCGGGCACAGGAUCGGGAGCAGGAUCGGGAUCAGGAUCUGGAGCGGCCAAUGGAACCGCGGUGGCCACCACCGCCACCGCCAACAACAACAACAACGUCGGCAACAGCAACAGCAACAACAGCAGCGGCAGCGGGGCCGGCAGCAACAGCAACAGCGGCGAGAAAAAAGUGAAAAAGAGUAAGAGCAAAGAAGGCGGCGCAGUGCUCAUCGAGGGCGUUCUCUUCAGGGCCAAGUACUUGGGCUCCACGCAGCUGGUCUGCGAAGGUCAGCCCACGAAAUCCACGCGGAUGAUGCAGGCGGAGGAAGCCGUUUCCAGGAUCAAGGCGCUGGCACCCGAUGGCGAUGUGCAGCCCAGCACCGAGGUGGAUCUGUUUAUUUCGACGGAGAAGAUCAUGGUCCUGAACACGGACCUCAAGGAGAUCAUGAUGGACCACGCCCUGCGCACCAUCUCCUAUAUCGCGGACAUCGGGGACCUGGUCGUCCUGAUGGCCCGACGCCGCUUCGUUCCCCAGGACAUCGACGAUGCCCCCAAGCCGAAUCGCACGCCCAAGAUGAUAUGCCAUGUGUUCGAGAGCGACGAGGCCCAGUUUAUCGCCCAGUCGAUUGGCCAGGCCUUCCAGGUGGCCUACAUGGAGUUCCUCAAGGCCAACGGCAUCGAGGACCAUCGCUUCGUCAAGGAGAUGGACUACCAGGAGGUGCUCAACAGCCAGGAGAUCUUCGGCGACGAGCUGGAGAUCUUUGCCAAGAAGGAGCUGCAGAAGGAGGUGGUCGUGCCGAAGGCCAAGGGCGAAAUCCUGGGCGUGGUCAUAGUGGAGAGUGGCUGGGGCUCCAUGCUGCCGACCGUCGUCAUUGCCAAUCUGAUGAGCUCGGGAGCAGCCGCCCGGUGCGGGCAGCUCAACAUCGGCGACCAGUUGAUAGCCAUCAAUGGGCUGAGCCUCGUGGGACUGCCGCUCUCCACCUGCCAGACGUACAUCAAGAACACCAAGAACCAGACGGUGGUCAAGUUCACGGUGGUGCCCUGCGCCCCCGUCGUCGAGGUGAAGAUCAAGCGGCCGGAGACCAAGUACCAGCUCGGGUUUAGCGUCCAGAAUGGAGUGAUCUGCAGUCUCCUGCGCGGCGGCAUCGCGGAACGGGGUGGUGUUCGUGUGGGCCAUCGCAUCAUCGAGAUAAACAACCAGAGCGUGGUGGCUGUGCCUCACGAGAAGAUCGUUAACUUGCUGGCCACAUCCGUGGGAGAGAUACUCAUGAAGACGAUGCCCACGUCCAUGUUCCGCCUGCUCACUGGUCAGGAAAAUCCCAUAUAUAUUUAAGCCAGCGGGAGAAUAAUAAACGGCGAUUAUUGUUAACUAUAAAAACCUAACAAGGAUAUUACGAUAUUUAGUAUAUAUAUACCUAUUCAUAUAGAAAGCGAGGAAAACAGAGAGAGAGAGAGUUAAUAUAUGUAUGUAUAUGCGUGUGUACCUAUAUAUAUAAAUAUAUAUAUAUAUAUAGAUAUAUGCUAAACAUAUAUAUUACACACGAGUGUAUCGAGAUUUUUUUUGUGAGUAAACUAGACAAAGUUCGAUCGAAGGCGAGUUAAGAGCAGCUACUACGACAAAUAAGAGGAAGCGAUAACUAACACACAUGGCACGCCUUUUUGCAAAGCUUAGUAAUAAUAGUUAAUAAUGUGUGUGAGAUCGGGCCAUCGGCCAGGACAUGCAUAUGCAUAUAAACAUGAAACAAUAUAUAUACACAUAUAUAUGAACACAAUGACCUUUUUGCGAAAACGUCCUUAGCUUAGUUGAACGGCGACAUUAGUCAGAGAAUACUGCAGCUAGUAACAGCCCCCCCAAAUAUGCUUACCCAUACUUAUUGUAAAAACCAAAAAUAAAAUCCAGGAAACACGAACCGAAGACCCAAACGAGAUUCAAGUCCACACAGGAGGCAGGCAGCUCUUUUGAUAUAGUAUAUAUAUAAUCCACACACUAUAUAGCACCACCCCAAUAUAUUUAUAUAACAAAACAGAGGGCGCGAGAAUGGAUAGCUUGAAAUGGAUAUAAGAAUGAAAAUAGGAAAUGGAUAUGGAAAUGGAAAUGGAUAUUGUAACUGCAGCGUUUCGUUUUCUACUCGCACCCAUAGCCGAGAAUUUUGAUAGUUAUUUAACGGAUAUAGCCAGAUCGUAAUGUAUGCAAAGUGUAAAUUGAGGAGCGCUUUACACCCCCACAAAUACAUACAUAUUCCCCCAUAGAGGAUUUAGUUUAGCAGACACUUACACUCACACUCACUUAGACGCUUCGAUUUCAACCAUCUUCGUCCAAAAAUUGUGCUACUACUCGUUAAACAAGUUGAUAGAUAUAGAGAGAGAUUAGAGAAGGAUAACAGGAGGGCAGGAGAGAGAGACGGAGAGAGGAAGGGAAGGCCGGCGAAGAAAGAGACAGAGUUAGACCUCCGUUAUGAGCCAUAAGAUUUAAAA